CAUCAAUGCUUUCUUAUCAAGAUAUUGAUGUCAAGGGGCAAAAGGAGAACACUUUUUCCACCAGAACGGUGAAAACAGAGGAAGAGUAACUUCUCAUCAUCUUUCUGCGGAUCGGGUCUUGCAGAUCCUCCCCUGUUUCAUCGACCUGACAAGCCGGAAUAGGGAGGAGUAGGAUUGCCGGAACAUCCGUCUCCGUUCUUGUUCUCCUGCUCCUCCCGAAUCGGCCGCCGACGGCGGUGAAUUUCAAGAAGGCUCCGGCGACGCCACCAUGAGCACCGACCCAUCACGGGGAGACGACCGCGGCGACGGCGGCGGCGGCGAGCCGGACCGAGACGAGGAGUCCAAUACCCUGUUACCCCUUCCCCAGGCCCCGCCCUCACCCGGCGACGGCGACGGCGACGGCGAUGACGAGGACGAGGUCGCGUUCCAGUCCCGAGAGAAGAUCCUCAUCGUCGACGUGGAGUCCGCGGACGCGACGGCGGCGGCGAGCCCGCGCUUCUCGUGGAAGAAGCUGUGGCUGUUCACGGGUCCGGGUUUCUUGAUGAGCAUAGCGUUCCUGGAUCCGGGCAACCUGGAGGGCGAUCUGCAGGCGGGCGCUAUUGCUGGGUACUCGCUCCUGUGGCUCCUCAUGUGGGCCACGGUCAUGGGUCUGCUGAUCCAGUUGCUGUCUGCCCGGGUUGGAGUCGCGACGGGCCGGCACCUGGCGGAGCUGUGCCGGGAGGAGUACCCUGAUUGGGCGAGGUUAGUGCUAUGGUUCAUGGCGGAGGUGGCUUUGAUCGGGGCUGACAUACAGGAGGUUAUUGGGAGUGCUAUUGCCAUUCAGAUUCUGAGUAAUGGGCACUUGCCGCUUUGGGCUGGAGUCCUAAUUACAGCAUCAGACUGUUUCAUGUUCUUGUUUCUGGAGAACUACGGAGUCAGAAAAUUGGAGGCUCUGUUUGCCGUGCUCAUUGGAACCAUGGCUUUGUCAUUUGCCUGGAUGUUUGGUGAUACAAAGCCCAGUGGCAAAGAGCUUUUAGCUGGUCUUUUGAUUCCAAGACUUGGCUCUAAAACAAUUCGUCAAGCUGUGGGAGUUGUGGGGUGCGUCAUAAUGCCUCACAAUGUAUUUCUGCACUCUGCUCUGGUCCAGUCUAGGAAAAUUGAUCCUGAGAAGAAGAGCAGUGUUAAAGAGGCUAUAAAGUACUAUUCUAUUGAGUCGUCUGUGGCCCUCCUAGUCUCAUUUAUGAUCAACUUGUUUGUCACAACAGUUUUUGCCAAAGGAUUUUAUGGUACAAAACAAGCGCAAAAUAUAGGACUUGUAAAUGCAGGCCAAUAUCUUGAAGAAAAAUAUGGGGGAGGAAUCUUUCCUAUUCUUUACAUUUGGGGCAUCGGAUUAUUGGCAGCGGGACAGAGCAGCACAAUUACUGGAACAUAUGCUGGACAAUUUAUCAUGGGUGGUUUCCUUAACCUCCGUUUAAAGAAAUGGCUGAGGGCAUUGAUCACACGUAGCUUUGCAAUUGUGCCGACUAUUAUAGUAGCUGUUGUUUUUAACACAUCCGAAGCAUCAUUGGACGUUUUGAACGAAUGGCUCAAUGUGCUUCAAUCUAUGCAGAUCCCUUUUGCUCUCAUACCCCUUCUUACAUUAGUAUCAAAGGAGCAGGUCAUGGGUAUUUUUAAGAUUGGACCGACUCUUCAGAGGGUGGCAUGGGCUGUGGCGUCACUGGUGAUGAUGAUCAAUGGGUACCUGUUGUUGGAUUUCUUCAUUUCCGAAGUUAGGGGAGUGCUGUUUGGUUCCGUUGUGCUUAGCAUCACCGCUGCAUAUGUAGCAUUCAUUGUUUACCUCAUUCCACGAGAUGGACCACCCUCAAUCCUGUGGAAGAGCUUUGCCCGAUGACAACUGCUUCCUGGUUCUCUUCCCUGUUAGACAAGUUUUGAUUGACGGAAGAUCUGUGGCAGUGCUAGAGGGCUCCUUAUCUGCGAAUUCUGGCAGACACGCUUGAUCUUUCAUGAUGAUACACAAUUGGGGAUGAAUGACUUCAUUUGGGUGUCCCGUUCGGAGCGAAGAAAUCUAAGGUCAACCGAACCUUUUGCAUAGUGCUCUGAUUUCAUAUGCAACCCGAUGCAGGAUUCCCCUUUUCCACUUUACCCGAUCAUGCUAUCUCUUGGAGACCUGCAACUGCGAGAUGAUCUGUUUAUCUUGUAAAGUCUGAUUUGUUUUUAAGUUUCUUUAGAGCAAGAUGGUUACUCAUUCUUACUUUUUCUUUUUUUCGGUUAUAUGAGCUGUGUAUCAUAGUUAAAUAUCUGACUUUUGCUACUCAAGAUUAGUGUGAGAAAGGUGGUAUACAGGAGCGAAAUUUCUGAGG